UGGGCCAGUUGAUGAGAGAAUUCGUCAUCUCAGAAAAGCCGAAAAAAAGCGGAAGCCCAAAGAUUGACCAAGGCCCAUCAAUAGGAAGUUUACAUUCAGACCGAGGAAAGUGCUUUGUUGAAGAAAGGUGGUGGUCUGGUCUGGUCUGUUCUCUGUGUAAAAAACAAAGAAAUGAGUGAUAGCGGUGGCGGUGGCGGUGGCGGUGGCGGUGGACGUAAAUGGUGGAAAAUAGCGGUGGUGGUAAUAGCAGCAAUAGGAGUGAGGGAGCUGAGCAAAAGGUACGGAUGGGACAAGGAAGGAGCAAUGAAGGUGUUAGGAGAAUGGUCGGAUCGCAUGGGUGUGUGGGCCAUGCCCGCAUACGUUGGGGUCCACACUCUCACUCUGGCGCUGUGCUUGCCUUACGCUGUUUUCAUGGAGGCCACUGCUUCUCUAAUCUUCGGCUUCUUCCCUGCUGUUGUCUGCGUCUUCUCCGCUAAGGUCCUCGGCGCUUCCCUCUCCUUCUGGAUCGGAAGGUUAGUAUUCAGGAGCUCAAGUUCAGCAAAAGAAUGGGUCCAGAAAAACAAGUACUUCCAUAUCCUUUCCAAAGGAGUUGAGCGUGAUGGUUGGAAAUUUGUCCUCCUUGCUCGCUUCUCACCCAUGCCCUCAUAUGUCAUAAAUUAUGCCCUUGCUGCCACCAGAGUUGGGUUCAUUGUGGAUUUUCUUCUGCCAACAGUGAUUGGAUGCCUGCCAAUGAUCAUGCAGAACACAUCCAUUGGCAGCCUUGCUGGUGCCGCUGUUGCUUCGGCAUCUGGUUCUCAGAAAUCUCAGGUUUGGUCAUACCUUUUUCCUGCACUUGGGAUCAUAUCAAGCAUUUUUAUUUCCUUGAGAAUCAGAAAGUACUCUACUGAUAUCUCAUUGGCUGAAGUGUCUCCCAGUGAGCAUGUUCAUGACUCUAAAAAUGAUGGCUCAUUGCAAAACUUGUCUGGUGAGGUAGGAAGUGAAGGCCUGAAAAAGAAUCAAUGAUGACAGUUUUUUUAAACUAUGGUUUUUUUAUGCAAUAUAUUUUUUUUGUUCCCGUGACUGAUGAUUUGUGGUUGGGAAUGCAUUGUGUUCUAAAUGUGGCUGAAGUGUCUCCCAGUGAGCAUGUUCAUGACUCUAAAAAUGAUGGCUCAUUGCAAAACUUGUCUGGUGAGGUAGGAAGUGAAGGCCUGAAAAAGAAUCAAUGAUGACAGUUUUUUUAAACUAUGGUUUUUUUAUGCAAUAUAUUUUUUUUGUUCCCGUGACUGAUGAUUUGUGGUUGGGAAUGCAUUGUGUUCUAAAUGUUUAAUGUGCCUGUUUGGCAUUAUUGUAGGAAGUAGAGUUUUAGUAAUAGAUUUUGCGAUGUAGAACAUGAACUGUGAAUUUAGAGUUUUUUGGUUCAA